AUGAUAUUUGGAUAUUGGAAUUUCAGCUCAAAAACUGAGCAUUCUGUUUUGGCCAUUUUCAGGAGACGAUAUCAUCGAAUUGAAGCGACAUCUUCGAGUCUGCCAAAUUUGGAAAAUCUCAGGGUACUUGUACUUGAUGGUAAUAGCCUGUCUGGUCACUUGCCUUCAACUAUUGGCCUUCUAACUGGCCUUAUUGAGCUAUCACUGCAAGAAAAUUCUUUCUCCGGGAAUCUUCCUUCGGAACUUGGAAAUCUUUUAAAAUUGGAAUCUCUUGAUCUUAGUAAAAACUCCUUCUCUGGGGUCCUCCCUUCAAGUUUGGGUGAACUUACUAGCCUCUUGUUCUUUGAUGCCAGUCACAACAAACUUAGUGGUCCUAUCUUUUCUGGGUUCGGAAAUUUAACAGACCUUAGAAAGCUUGAUCUCUCUGGAAACUCCAUAACUGGACCCAUACCAGUGGAUAUUGGGAAACUGAUAAAUUUAACUUCAAUUGUUUUGGAAGACAACAGGAUUACUGGAGUAAUACCAUCAUCUAUAAGCAAUCUCAGGGAACUUCAGGUGCUUAACAUUCAGAACUGCAGACUUACGGGUGCGAUUCCUAAAGAAUUGACCGAGCUAUCUAAUUUGAUAUACCUGAACAUAGGACACAACUCUUUUAUCGGAGAACUACCAGCAAGCCUUGGAAAAUUAUCUAGUUUAGUGAACCUUCUUGCUGCAAAUGCUGGGUUGAGUGGCAGUAUUCCUGGACAGCUGGGUAACUGCAAGAGGUUGAAGCUUUUAGACCUUUCCUACAACUCCUUUUCUGGUCCGUUACCUGAUGGUCUUGCUGGGUUGGAAUCAAUUGAAUCUCUGAUGCUUGAUUCCAAUCAGUUGUCGGGAAUAGUCCCUAGUUGGAUUUCCAACUGGAAGCAAGUGGAAUCUAUUAUGAUGGCAGAGAAUCGCUUUACUGGGUCUGUUCCGCCGCUCAGUCUGCCGAAUCUAAGGUUACUCGACUUGAAUUCCAAUAUGCUUUCUGGCGAGUUGACCUCAGAAAUAUGCAAUGCUGAGUCAAUUUAUAAAUUAUCGCUGUCAAACAACAAUAUCACCGGAAAUAUUGACAACACCUUUAGAAACUGUCAAAAUCUGGCUGAUUUGAUGCUGUCUGAAAACAAUCUGUCGGGUGAGUUACCUGAUUACUUGGGUAAUCUUCCUCUCGUCCUCCUGGAAUUGUCCAAGAACAAAUUUCAUGGACAGAUCCCUGAUCAGCUAUGGGAGUCAAAGUCUCUUAAAGAAAUAAUUCUCAGCAAUAAUUUGCUCUCGGGAAAAAUUUCCCCAGCCCUUGCUAAGGUUCAGACUUUGCAGAGGCUGGAACUAGAUAAUAAUUUUUUUGAGGGGACCAUCCCUGCUUCCAUUGGAGAAUUGCGGAACCUCACCAACCUCUCUCUACAUGGUAAUUAUUUAAUAGGAGAGAUCCCUAUUGAGCUUUUCAACUGCACAGGCCUUGUGUCCUUAGAUCUUGGUUCAAACAACUUUAUGGGUCAUAUUCCAAAGUCAAUUGCUAGACUGAAAUUGCUGGAUAAUUUGGUAUUAGCCCGGAAUAAUUUCUCUGGGCUCAUUCCUGAAGAGAUAUGUUCUGGGUUCCAAAAUUUGCCCUUGCCAGAUUCCGAGUUCAUUCAGCAUUAUGGAAUGCUUGAUCUCUCUUACAACAUGUUUGUAGGUCCAAUUCCUGCAUCAAUCGGGCAGUGCUUUGUUAUUAGGGAGCUGUUGUUACAAAAUAAUGAGCUGAAUGGCAGCAUUCCUUCUGAACUAUCUGGUCUUUCUUACUUGAGCUUGCUUAAUUUGUCUUUCAAUCAUUUAACUGGUCCCCCCAUACCCAAGAUUUUCUCAUUGAGGAAUCUUCAGGGCCUUCUCCUUUCUCAUAACGAGCUUACUGGUCCUAUUCCUGAUAACAUGGGUUCCUUCAUGCCUAGUUUAACUGAGCUGGAUUUGUCAAGGAACUUUCUUGGUGGGUCGCUGCCGGCAUCUGUGUUUAAUAUUGAAAGCCUUACUUAUCUGGAUAUCAGUGCAAAUUCGCUAACUGGAACCAUCCCUUGCCACUUUGCAUCUGCCAGUUCACUUGUUCAUCUAAAUGCAAGCAAUAAUCAAUUUUCUGGUCCUUUGUGUGACUCCCUUUCAAACCUAACCGCUCUCUCCUUUUUAGACAUGCAUAGCAAUGCUUUGACCGGAAUCCUUCCACCCUCUAUAUCGAACCUUGCUGCCUUGACAUACCUAGAUCUUUCUGGUAACAAAUUUGGAAACUAUGUUCCAUGCAACAUAUGUGACAUUGAAGGCCUCUCCUACAUCAAUCUCUCCGCCAACAGAUUUUUGGGAUUUGUUCCUAAGACCUGCACUGAGCGUAGUGGAUCAUGCGUCUUAGCCUCCCCCCCUUCACAAACUAUCAGCCGAGCCCCAGUUUGGGGUUGUAUGAUUGGGGUAAUGGUUAUCCUGUUGAUUCUGUUCAUUUGUGUGGGUAGACAUUUGAUAUUGAAACAUGAAGCAGCUUUGAUCGACAGUAGAAAGAUUGAGCUUGUAUCUGCUGCUGAGCAAUCUGAUGAGCCCAUGUGGAAGAAGUCAAAAGAGCCUUUAAGCAUCAAUAUUGCUACGUUUGAGCAUUCUCUGACCCGGUUGAACCCUAAGGAGAUCUUAUCCGCCACUGACAACUUCAGCAAGACCUAUAUAAUUGGUGAUGGUGGAUUCGGUACAGUUUAUAAGGCAGCCCUUCCAGAAGGCCGAACCAUAGCUGUCAAGCGGCUUAAUGGAGGACACUUUCAUGGUGAUAGAGAAUUCUUAGCAGAGUUGGAGACUAUUGGAAAGGUUCAGCACAAAAACCUGGUUCCAUUAUUUGGAUAUUGUGUUUAUUCUGAGGAAAGGUUUUUGGUGUAUGAAUAUGAUAAUUCAUUUGACACCAUGUUUAUCUCAACCGGUUUUAUAUUAAUGCGAUAUAAUCUCGAUGAAUAUGCUGGUAAUUUUUCAUGA